AUGAACAAUAACAAUUUGUCUGGACCAUUUCCUCCUUCCUUAAGAAAUUCUAAAGAAUUAAUUGUUCUUGAUCUUGGAAAUCUUGCUCUUCUUCGAGUUUUGGAUCUUUCAUUCAACAAACUUACCGGCAAUAUACCAUCUACUAUUGCAAAUUUUAGUUCUACGGGUGUGAAACAAAACUACAGUAGGAUACUGUAUUUUAUUGGCAACUAUCCUAGUUUGGAUACCUUUGUCUAUUUGCUCGAUGAUAGCAUUAUAAUAACUGCAAAAGGGUCAACCAUUGAAUACACUAAAUCUCUUAGUGCGGUGACAAGCAUAGACCUAUCUAACAAUGAGCUUUCUGGUGAGAUUCCAAACGAGAUAACGAAGUUGCAUGGAUUAUGCUUCCUCGACUUAUCCAACAACUAUUUGACAGGAAGGAUUCCAGAAAAUAUUAGUGCCAUAACAGAAUUAGAGUCUCUUGAUUUAUCAAUGAACUCUCUCACGGGAGAAAUUCCUUCCAACCUAUCUUCUUUGAACUUCCUUAGCUUCUUGAAUCUCUCCUACAACAACUUGUCAGGAAGAAUCCCAACAGGCGGUCAAUUUUCAACCUUCAAUGACUUAAUCUAUGCCGGCAAUAAGGGUCUUUGUGGUGUGCCGCUUCCAGAGUGUCCUAGUGAUGACGCUAAUCAUUCACCAUCUCAAAUAGGAGAAAAUAAAGAAGGUGACAAGCUUGAAACAGUUCUAAAUUAUACCUUCAUUGUGAUGGGGUUCAUAGCUGGUUUUUGGGCAUAUCUUGGCAUGAUUAUCAUGAAAAAGUCCAUAAAGGUUACUCUUUUCUACUUGGUGGACAAGAUGUUUGAUUGGAUGUAUGUGCAACUCUCGCUGAAGAUUGCGAAACUGAAUACGAAAUGGCAAAAAUGA